ACGCCUUUCCAUUCCGUAUGACGAUUGGGAUGCUCUUGUAAUCAAUGGCUGUGAAGGUAACUCCUGAAACGAAGUUAUAGUGCUAUUCGAUGAUCAAUCAUCUGACGUUUUUGGAGUUAGAAUUUUAUUUUUAUGGUAGGAACAAUGCGGUUGCUUGUUGUUUCAAAAGUGCGCUGCCGACUCGAAGACCAGCCAUAAAAACAAGGAUGAGUCCCUUGUCGACAAGUAUGGAUGCAGUUGAAGGAUCACGGUUUCAAUUACCAUGGCACAGAAGUCAUGUAUAGUGGUGUCUUGGGCACAGAACUUACGUGUGAAAUUUGCAUCGGCUGUGUGUACUAUCAAUGACUUCGUCAUAUGGUUGGAGACAAGUAUCAGGUGAGAUCCACUGGUGCUGUGAAUCCUGUGACACGACAGCCUGUUAAAGGGCGAAAGUUUGGAAGUGGUAUUCGUUUCGGAGAGAUGGAGCGAGAUUCGUUACUUGCUCAUGGUGCAGCGUACUUGUUGCAUGAUAGGCUACAUACUUGCUCAGACUAUCCAACUGCGGACAUUUGUGUUCGAUGUGGAAGUCUGUUGCCUACCCCACCUGUAAUUCAGCAGAAGAGCAGUGCAGCUUUUGCUAUGGAAUUAGGGUCAAGUAAAGAGAGCAAAGUCAUCAAAAAAAGUGUGCAAUUCAAGUCGGGAUAUUGAGCUUGUGGCCAUGCCUUACGUUUUCAGAUAUCCUGCCUCAGAGUUGGCAGCCAUGAACAUCAAAUUAACACUUACAAUUAGCAAUGGCUGAUAUAUAAAAGUAUAUCUAUUUUCAGCUUCACAUCCU